AUCUUUGUGUAUCUCUCCAUAGGAUAAACUAAGCUGCAGGCCGCUCACCAAAGCCAUUUGUUAAGUUUUAAUUUUCUAUUUUAAUCAGUUUUGAGAGAAAUGGUCAAAACGGUUGGAUUCAAAUGUCGAUAUUAAGCUGCCUCUCAUCAAGCACAUUUCACGUGAAUCGCUCUCCCAAAACAAUGAUGGGCAAGAAGCUUGGUUCCUUCAAGAAACUAGCCAAAAUGGUCAAAGUUUACCGCACCACGGAUCGUGAACCAUGGCACCAUGACCACUUGCUAAAGACAUAUGGGGAAGAAGGGUGCACCGAAGCCAAUACAACAACCCCAAGAGGUUUUUUUGCAAUUUAUGUUGGUGAGGAACCACGAAGGUUUGUAGUUCCCACCGCACAUCUAUCCCACCCACUCUUUAAAAUGUUGUUAGAGAAGGCGUAUGAUGAUGAAGACCAGAAUAACCGGUUGGUGGUUCCUUGUAGUGUCGCGGCUUUCGAAAAGGUGGUUAAAACGGUGGAAUGUUGCAAUGACAUGGUUGAUAUUGAGCAUUUGGUUGAAGAGUUUAUCUAAAGGCUUUGUUUUUAUGAAUCAGUUUAGUUAUAAUUAUUAGCUGCUGAGAUGAUCAACCAGUUUCAUGGUUUAGUUUCAUUUGUGAGUCAAACUCGUUACUUAAUACCCAGCAUAUCUGUACCAUUGUUACAUAACCAUAUCUAACCCGAAUCUUUAUGGCC